AAUGACAUUUGUAUCCAAGGCGGGGAGCACAAACUUAAUAAUGGUUGACGAUUAAAGUCGGCAUUUGCGUGGUUCGUACAUCUAUAGUCUGUUAUUAGUUAGUGUACUGUCUAAUAGAAUUUCAUUUUUGGCGUUUUAGCCUUCCUAAGCCAUAUUCCAGACAUUGAUGGUACCCAUACAUCUUACAAAGUUCAUUCAAUUUUGUUUGAGCAUACCUUGACAGCAAAAGAGCACAUGUAUCUAAUCUACACUUGCAGACAGUUUAUCUGUGGCCCUGAAGUUAUGAUAAUGCAAGAUGGAAAUUACAUAGUAUUCUGAUGUGUGCUAGUAAAACUAAGAAGCCAGCUGCUGAAGAUCUGUAAAUUAAAAAUAACUCCAACAUGGAACAAAAUGGAAUAAACUCACUUAUUAGUCGCUAUAUUGAUUCAGUACAAGUUCUCCCUCUAGAAAUGCAGUCCAGGAUCACCGAGUACUUACAGUCAGAUCUUCAACAACGCCACUUAUUAACACUCGCCAAGCGCACAGUGGAGGAUUUAAAAACAGCUGCGGAUGACGAUGCCAAAAAGAAACACCUAAGACAGCUUAUUUAUGUCUUAGUUGCUAUUCAAAAUAUAUGUGAUCGUAGGAUAAGUAAUCUGGAUGAGUUAGAUGAAGUGGUUGAAACGCACUCCCUAAAGCUGAUGAACGCCAAACUGAAAGUGGAUACUACUAUCAGUUCACAACUUGCUGCCUCAAAUACAGAAAAUACCCCGGAAAGUGAAGUUGAUAUCAGUGAUCAAGAAGCCUCUGACCAUGAAUGUAAUGUGAAUCUCAUACGACGUAAUUCCACUCAAGAAUCAAGUUCUGAUAAGUGUAUUGUAAACUCUUCAUCAUCAAACGCACGGUGUAAUGAUGUUAACAUAAGAGGCAAAGAACGUUUCCCACUACGAGCCGUUAGUACAAAUAAUCGGGCGGCAUCGCGACGAUCAUUAAACAAGUGGGUUUCCGGUGUGCAUCGUUUCAAAUCUGUUACUUCUAUUAUCAGUACCAACAUUGAUAAUGCCCUGAAGUCCCAUAGCGACUUCAAUCACAGGUCAACUAAAAGGACAUCUCUAGAUCUUAAGCAGCAUAGGGUAGGUGUGACCUAUGCUCGUUAUUCAAGGGCUCAACAGCAAAGAUUCAAAAGCCGUGUAUUAUCAAGACCGCUUCAUUCAAAUCGUACGAGAGCUCCUCAGUACCUGGAUUAUGCAAUGCUUAGGCAUGGACCUCGUAAGCGAAAAACUGUGGUCUCAAAAUAUGCCCAUCCAGAUUCUUUACGAAACCGCAAUGAAACAAGACUUGUGGGUGGUGUAAAACGUCGGCACGAACAUAGCCACUCUAGUCUCUACGACAACGACGAUUGCUUUGAUUCACCAGUCAAACCUUUAAGUGAGUUGACUACUGAAGAAGAUAAAAUGGACGAGAGAGAUGCGUAUACAUUGCUUAGUUUAAAAAGUCCCAGAAGGUUAGGAGAAAGGUCGUCGGAGUGGAAUAACAGUUAUAGUGAGAAUGAGACUUCAGAAGACGUAGAUUGUAGUGAUAACAUUGGUCAUAACGCAUAUAGUGUGAACUGCGAUCAAGAUUGUCCUCGGGAGACACAGAGGUCUAGAACGUCGACUAAUCAGCUAUCAAAUGUACCGAAUAGUGACGCAGGUCGCCAUAAGUUGUAUAGACUUCGAAGAGCGCCGAACAGUAGUGCACACUCCAAUCAGCCACAUCGACUAAAUUCUGUUGUUACAUCUGUAUCGCCGGAACAUUCAACUAAUCGUGGUUCUAUUUCAACUCAAAAUAAUUAUCACAGCAACACUAGGCGGGGGUGUAGAAGUAGUAACAUCACGCGCCAUAAAUCAGAUGCUCAACUGAACGCACGCUCACCACCAGGGAGUCCAUUUAAUUAUGGAACACAUACUGAUGAUAUAAAUCCAUUCCGACACAAAGUACCUUCAGCAACUAGCCCCAGUCACAGUGUGAGUGAAGCAAGCGCAAGUCCCGAUGAACGUCUGUAUUGCAUUUGCAAAAAAGUAUCAUUCGGCGAUAUGAUAGCUUGUGAUAACAAGUUUUGUGAGGUUGAGUGGUUCCAUUUUUCGUGUGUAGAUGUUCGAGUCCAGCCGAAAGGCAAAUGGUAUUGCCCUUAUUGUCGGGGUGAGUCAUCAAAGAUAAAACGACCUGAUAUCUAAUAUAUUUUGUAAAAGAACAUUUUGCACGUUUUAUACAGAAGUGAUUAUCUGAAAACGUUUUAUUAGCAUUGGUAAUACAUAUGUUUUUGAUUGUUUUUUUGAAUACUUUUAUGAAUCGGGCUUUACCAAACCUUCUAUAACUCUUCGUGUUUCCAGUAACUUGGUGCGAGCCUUUUGGUAUGCCUCUACAUUUUAUAUUUACGCAUAUGUAACACACAAAAAAACACAAAUUACUUAUUAUUGUUGAGACAUCCAUGUGCGCAAGCACAAUCCUAUAAAAACGAAAUACAUUAUCAAAAUUUUAAUAUAGCA